GCACUGUUGAUUUUGGUUUAUUUAUUGUCAAAUAGUUAAAUCUUCGAAAAACGCAUGAAAUGGGUAAUUGCUUAAAAAUUAGCACUUCAGAUGACAUUUCACUUUUACGCGGCAAUGACAGUCAAAUCAGCGGGACACAGCCAGUGUAUCAUGGAGAGCAUUAUCAACGAGAAUUGUACCCUUCCACGUCGUCUUCGACAACGCUAACACCAUCUUCUAACAAUCGUCAACUUUCCGAUGAAAAUCAAGUGAAAAUUGCAAAGCGAAUUGGAUUAAUGCAGUACUUGCCAAUAGGAACAUACGACGGGAGCUCAAAGAAAGCACGAGAAUGUGUUAUCUGCAUGGCUGAAUUUUGUGUUAAUGAAGCCGUACGUUAUCUACCUUGCAUGCAUAUUUAUCAUGUUAAUUGUAUAGAUGAUUGGUUGUUGAGAAGUCUAACUUGUCCCAGUUGUUUAGAGCCUGUUGAUGCUGCCUUGCUGACGAGUUAUGAAUCGACAUAGCGUUAUAAAAACAUUAGCUUACAAUUUUGCUGCUGUAAUGUGUUUUGGGAUAACAAAACCUUUGCUUACCAAGUAUAAAUUAAUCUUUUAUAUAUUUCAAUUUUAUUCUUUAUUAUAUAAAUUUGUUAUUGUUUUAUUAUCGAAACAUGUUAUAAUAUUUAAUUCAUUUUAGCGAUAACCAAAAUCAUAAUUGCAAUACUAAGGAGCUGAAGAAUUUGAAAUCCAAAUUAGUUUGUGUAUAUAUAUAUAUAAAUUGUUUUACCAACAUUAAUUCUAUAUUUGGUAUAACAAAAAAAGAUUAAAUAAAAUGUGAGAUUUAUUUAAUUCCGGCAUUCAUUUCAUUUCUGUAUAAGUAUGGGUCUUGUUGGAUUCUGGGUAGCCCUUUUGGCUCUCUCCUGCUCAUAGCAUACAUGGUGAAUGUCCAGAAUAAUUCUUAUAAUUUUAAAGUUUACGAAGACGAAUCCUUUCGUUUUUUACUAUAUCAUGAAUUGUUAAAAAUGAAAUAAAAAACAAGCUUAGCAUAAAAAGUUACAGGAUAAAAGCGAAAAUGUGUUCUCAUCUAUUUCUUAUGAUCGAUUUUUACUAACAUACGUAUUGUUUGCAGCUUAGCUCACAAAGCAAUUCGACGGCCAUGAAAUUAACUUCAACAGAGUCGGAUUGUUCUUUAUUAUCUUAAUUACGAAACAAUACGUGCGUAGAUUUAGAUGAAUGAAUUCUGGCUUUUGAUUCAAGACAGAGUACCUGAGGAUUUUUGCCGAAAUAGCACGAACAUUUAAAUUUGAAAAAAGUUCUGGUCCUCGUUAUAGAUCCGUGCUUUUCUGUUUCUUUUGCACCGUUUGGUCGAUUUAUUAUAGUGCUAACCUUUUCCACGUGUAAGUAAAUAAAACAUGUUUAUUCAUUGAAUCAUUUAUUACAUGUAAGACGAUAAAAUAUUAAUUAAUGGCUUCAGUGUGCGAGACAAAACCGAUCCGCUUACAUUUUGAGUUAAAGGUGGUUAUAAUCAAUGUAUGUAUGCCCUUGCAUUACAAUUAUAUUAAUAUUAAGUACUUUAUAUAUUUUGUUAGCAUACAUACUAACAAAAAAAAUUAGAAAUUUACAUUUUUUUUACGGAUUAUUUUUGCUGAAUUACAAAAUGCUUUUUAACCAAUUCACAGCUACAUUGCUGUUAUCCUGAACAAAACCUUUUUUUAUAAAAAUUCCAAGCUGUGCUAAGGAUUUCUUAGAAUUGUUAUUUCUGAGAAUGUGUGCGGUUUAUUUUUAUAUGGAUAUGGAUGCCACUGAAAUUUAAACUGCAGUUUCAGUGUGACUGUGGGAUGAUAGACGUUCGACAUCAAUUUCGGGUAUGGUCAGCUCAUCAGGUAUAUUAUCGGCAUACUCAAUGGAAGACGUUUCCGAAAGGCGUUUGCUCAACGAAGUCUGCUUACGCAGUACCUCUGCCAGGGAUGUGUUGGUGUGAUCACCGUAACGGGCGUCCAGACCCUGGCGGAAUGCGUUUACCACUCGUAUCUAAGCGUACAUUUAGUAAAAAGAAAAGAACAACACCAAGAACAGUGACAAAAGGGACAUAAACAAUAGUAUAAGAAGAACAUCUUUAAUCAUUCAAGCUAAAGAUCCAAUUAUACAUAUAUGAACAUACUUUCUUUUAUGUAUAUUUCUAGUUCAAAUUAAAUACAAAUAUUAUUUUGACAAUUCUUACUACGAGCAGAUGCGACACAUAAAUGAUAAGAUAGAUCUUAAGUUAAUAAUGGGAUAUCCAAAUACCAAUUAAUUCAGACGGACAAAUAAUCAGUAACAACACUUCAUAUGAGUUGCUUAUUCUUUUUAAUAUUUCGCUUAUUUUGUUCAUAAUUCGGAGGACUGUAGCUCGGUAAUUUACCAAUUAAUCAGCAAUCUAAAAUUAAUUUGCCUAAUCAUGCAUUAUGCGACAACCUUUUUUUGAUUUUAUUUAAGUGGUGACGAACAAACACAUUAAAAAACUAAGUAUAUCGUUCUUCUACAUGAUGGAAGUUUAAAGCAAAACCAGUGGGCACGAAAAACCAACUAAAUCAUAAUUAAAAAAGAAAUAUAACCAUAUAUAUUUUGGAUAUAGGUGGGUUAAAAAUUCGGCAUAUUAAAUUAAGCUUGUGGUUGACACACAAUACGCCUAUUAAAUUGCCUUGCCUUUCAUUACCUUAUUAUUACGGACAAACAGACGAUUUAAAAAAAUUGUGUUCUUAGUGAAUAGACAAACGUACUACAAGUAUAUCAUCGUUCAUUCUUAUAGUUACGCUUUUGCCGAGAUAGAAUUUAAUAAUUCGACUUAUUUUAAAACUGUAAAAAUAACAUAAAACAAAAUUGUUAAGGCUUACAGCUUGAUCAGUGUUGCUCUUGCUAUAUGGGACCGGAAUCAAGCGUUCUUGCAAUUCGCCGCCUAUUACCUUUAAGAAUGAAGAGAAAGAGAGGGAGAUAGAAAGUAAUACAGAAAAUAUAAGUGGGAAAGAGUAAAAUAGUCAUAAAAAGGUUGAAAUUUAUAUUAAUCUUGCCGCUAUAAAUGGAUCACUACAAACACUUUGGCUUUACUGUACUAAUUUUUUAAUUCUUAAAAAGCAAAUAAAUAUAUGUUUAACUAGAGUUUAGGUGUUGAAAAGUAAACAAAAAUAUGUAAUUAUCAUAACAAUGUACGUUUUUGAAAAAUUAUCAAAAUACAAUUAAUCAUGUAAUAGUAGUAGUAAAAGUGGAGGAUAUGAAUAAGAUUUUUACCUAAUAAUAAUUCUGGAAAGGACACACCAGGUCUGUUAUGGGAAAUUAUGACAAUUGUUUUAUAUAUGCUAAAGAAAAUUAAUUAUUAUAUAAAACAUUUUUUGAUGCACUAACAUUAACCCAUUUAUUACGUAUGCUCAUGUACGCAAACGAGCGAUUAAUAAGAAUAUCAAUGGAAAAACCACAUUUUUAUUCAUUUGUGAAAAAUAGAUUUUUCCUAGUAGAUGGACCAACAUAUUUGAAUAUUUAAAUAUAUAAUUAAUUUAAUUAUUACAGACAUUUUCAGUAUAAAUGUACAAAAGUUUAAAUAUAUCAUUAUUAGAUAUAGAAAAGAACGGCAUUGAAAUUUUGUGAUGUUAAUUUGAAAGCGGAGGUUAAUAUACUGAACAACGAAGUUCGUAUGAUUAAAACUUCGGUAAUACCACACAUUAAUCAGAGAAAAUACACAUAAGAUCUGAAAUAGUGUUAGUAAUAAUACAACUGAGGUAAUACAUUUUUUUUGUGUAAAACACGAAGUUUUGUAAAAUGCAUGCUUGCUUACGUUUUUUAUAUUGAAUAGUUAGGCAUUAUAGUUAGAGAACUAUUCGUUAACUUUCUAUAAUUGGGUGUUCAUAUAAAUAAUGUUACAUUUUCGAAAUCGCUUACUAUACAUGCACAUUUGUAUUUAUGAGAUUAAUAAAUUUAAGUUUGCCUCUUUAGAGUUAAAAGUUUAAUCAAAAAAAUAUC